AUGUCCAAGGCUACCUUCGCUCUCAUAGCUGCUGCCGGUGCAGCGACCGGAGCCAGUGUCACUGCUCUCAUAUACUCCUCCAGAACCCGCCAACAGCAGCUCGGCACCCCUCCUCCUUCUACCCGUCUCCCACCCCAAACUACAUCGCAACCAACCUCACUCCUGAUACCACCACACCCCAAGAUCAUAACCCCCGAUACAGCUUCACCUGUCGACCCAGUCGGCCUUUUCCAAUACGGCUUCCCCGGCCCCGUCUGUGACCCCGUAAUCACUCUCCCCCUCGCCAGCGCCUUCGACCGCCGAACCCGCAACCCCUCCUGGGUCGCCGAACACUUAACCCCCGAAUCUCUCGCCCAAAACAACGCGGAUCGCAAAAAGAGCAACUUCUAUGAAGAACAAACAAUCCCCCAAGCCUUCCGCGCCCGGUUAUCCGACUAUUUCCGCUCCGGCUACGAUCGCGGCCACCAGGUGCCAGCCGCAGACGCCAAAUGGAGCCAGAUCGCAAUGGACGCCACUUUCUCGCUGGCAAAUAUGUGCCCCCAGGUUGGCGAGGGAUUCAAUCGUGACUACUGGGCCCAUUUCGAGGAUUUUUGCCGUCGGCUGACGAAGGUUUAUCCGUCUGUGAGAAUUGUCACGGGUCCCCUGUAUCUGCCCAAGCGCGAUCCGGUGGAUGGGAAGUGGAGGGUUACCUAUGAGGUUAUCGGGAAUCCGCCCAAUGUUGCUGUGCCUACGCAUUUUUACAAGGUUAUCUUUGCAGAGGAUGGCGUUACUGGUGGCAAAGUCAGCCUAGGUGCUUUUGUCCUGCCCAAUGCUCACAUUCCGAACGAGAAGAGUCUUGCGGACUUUGAGGUCCCGUUGGAGGCUGUGGAGAGGGCUAGUGGGUUGGAAUUUGCAUCGAAGCUUCCUGCGGAACGGAGGAAGAAGCUGUGUCAGGAGGUCAAGUGUGAGAUUAUUGCCAGGCAGUUUGUGCAGAGUAGCAAUGAUAUCAAGGCAUUGCGCUCGUCUUAA